AUGGAGAAAAAUGGAAGCACAGAUUCAAAGACUAACGCCGGGAAGCAAAACAAGAGAACUCAUCCAGAUGAUGAUGUCUCUAGCUCUAGGAGUACUAGACCAAAGCGAGCUGCCGCAUGUACAGACUUCAAGGAAAGAUCGUCUUUCCGUAUCUCUAAGAAAUCUUCUACUGUUGAAACCAAGAAACAGCAGAUUGUGGACAAUGAGAUUGCAGCUCUAAGCUUAACAAGUUCUCCGCAAAGCAACGAGACUCGUGAAACAAGGAGGCUAACUAAAUUCCAUUUACAUGAUAGAAAUGGAGUUCCACAGCCAGUGGAGAUGUUGGAGGUUGAUGACAUUUUCAUCGGAGGUGUUAUCUUACCUUUAGGUGAUGACAAGGAGAAAGAAGAUGGCGUGAGGUGCGACUCUUUUGGACGAGUUGAGAAUUGGAAUAUCUCUGGAUAUGAAGAUGGCUCCCCGGUGAUAUGGAUCUCAACCUUAUUGGCAGAUUAUGAUUGCCUUAAACCUGAUACUAGGUACAAGAAGAUGUAUGAUUAUUUCCUUGAGAAGGCUCGUGCCUCAAUAGCGGUUCACAAGAAACUGUCCAAGUCUUCAGGUGGGAACCUUGACACAAGUCUUCCCGAGUUGCUCGCGGCGGUUUCUAGGUCUAUGAGUGGAAGCAAAUUCUUUUCUAGCGGUUUAGAAAUCCGAGAUUUUGUUAUAUUCCAAGGGGAAUUCAUAUAUAACCAGCUUCUUGGUCUGGACGAGACAGCCAAGAAACAUGAGACAAGCUAUCGGGAGAUUCCAUGUCUCGUUUCUCUCAGAGAUGAGAGUAAACUUGACAAGGCUGUGCAGAUGGAAGGAGGAAGCUCUUCUAAUGGGGCUCUGAGGAUUGUGGAAGGAGCAAGCUCUUCUAAUGGGGCUCUGAGGAUUGGUGGAGUUGCUGAAGUGGAAGAGACAAAGUCCAGAAGAUAUGCUGAGAUUAUACAAGACGAAGAGUAUAGGAAAUAUAUUCAACGUCCCAGGAAAAACCGUAGAUCAGCUCCUGCUUCAAAAAGUUUUUACAUAAAGAUCGAUGAAGAUGAGAUUGCCAAAGAUUAUCCUCUCCCAGAUUCUUAUAAGAAUUACCAAGAUGAAACGGAUGAGCUUAUACUGCAUGAUGCUAGCACUGAGGAACUGCCUCGAAGGAUGCUUCACAACUGGGCUCUUUACGACUAUGAUUCUAUGUUGAUACCUCUAGAGCUUCUUCCGAUGAAGCCUUGUGAUGAUCUUGAUGUAACUAUUUUUGGAUCUGGUUUGAUGACCGACGAUGUUGGAAACUGGUCUUGUGAAGGUGAUUCUGAAGCCUCUACAAAGUCAAAGGAUCAUGAUGGGAUGCCCAUAUUACUCAGUAAAAUAAAGGAAUGGAUGGUUGAGUGUGGGUCGUCAACGGUCUCCGUUACAUUAAUAACGGAUGUAGCAAGGUAUCGACUUGGGAAACCGUCAAAGCAAUACGCCCUUUGGUAUAAACCUCUUGAGAAAACAGCAAUGGCUGCGGUACGCAUUAUUGCUUUGCUUGAGAAGCAAGCUAGGGUUGCUAGGCUUUCAUUUGCAAAUGUCAUCAAAAGAGUGUCUGAGUUCGAGAAGAAAGAUAAAGCUUACAUUUCUGAUGAUCUCUCGACUGUUGAGAGACAUGUGGUCGUCCAUGGACAAAUAAUCUUGCAGAUUUUCUCAGAAUUUCCUAACGAUGAUAUCAAAAAGUCUCCAUUUAUUAUGGAGCUUGCGAGGAAAAUGGAGGAAAGGCACCACACAAAAUGGGUCAUCAAGAAGAAGAGAAGUGUGACAAGGGAAGUGAAUCUGAUGAAUCCGAGGGAAGGUGUGACACCUGUGGCAUCCAAGAGGCAAGCUAUGCAAGCAACAACAACUCGCCUGAUCAACAGAAUCUGGGGAGAGUAUUACUCCAUUUACACUCCAGAGGAUCCACAGCAAGAGAAUGAUCCACAGCAAGAGAAUGAUGCAGAUCAAGAGAAUGAUGCAGAUCAAGAUGAGGAGGAAGAUUUUGAAGAGGAGAGUGAAAAUGAAGAAGAAGAUGAUGACGAAGAGGAGAUUGUACCAGAACCUGUCGAGGUUCAGAAGUCUCAUACUCCUCCAAAGAAAAUCCGAAGCAGUUCUGGUAAACUGGAGAUUAGAUGGGAGGGUAACAGUCAAGGGUUCACAUCUGCUGGUGAGCCUCUCUAUGGACAAGCCCUAGUUGGAGAAGAACUGGUGGUUGUAGGUGAUGCGGUCGUCUUGAGGGUUGAUGAUCCAGAGGAAACUCCGAUCAUGUACUUUGUGGAAUACAUGUUCGAAAGAUCAGACCACUGCCAAAUGCUACAUGGUAGACUCCUCCAAAGAGGAUCCGAGACAGUUCUCGGUAAUGCUGCUAACGAGAGGGAGCUCUUCCUUACUAAUGAUUGCAUGGCUCUAGAGCUAAAGGACGUACUAGGAAAAGCCCAUUUCGAGUUCCGUUCAAGGCCAUGGGGCCAUCAGUUCAGGAAAGAGAACAUUGCGGCAGAUAAGCUUGACAGGGCAAGAGCAGAAGAGAGAAAGGCAAAAGACUUGCCAACAGAAUACUUCUGCAAGAGCUUAUACUCGCCUGAGAGAGGAGGCUUCUUUACUCUUCCUCUAAGUAGUAUUGGCCGUGGUUCUGGAUUCUGCAGUUCAUGUAGGAUCAAGGUGGCUGAAGAGGAAAGGUUAAAGUUUAAACUCAAUCUUUCAGAGAAAAGCUUUUCCUCCAAGGGGAUUCAAUAUUCUUGUGGGGAUUUUGUCUAUGUAAACCCCCAAUAUAUGACAAGUAUAGAUGGUUUGACGGAGAGUUAUGGAAAACACAAGUCUGGGAGGAACAUUGGCUUAAAAGCUUAUGCUGUUUGCCAAUUGCUGGAGAUCACUAUCCCACAAGAAUCUAUAAUGGGUUUCUUUGAGGUUCAGUUGAGAAGGUUUUAUAGGCCUGAGGAUAUUUCUUCAGACAAGGCCUAUACUUCAGACAUCCGAGAGCUGUAUUACAGCCAUGAUACAUAUGUUCUCUCUCCAGAGGCUCUACAGGGAAAGUGUGAAGUGAGGAGGAAAAAUGAUAUGCCUUUAUGCGGUGAAUAUCCAAUAUCAGAACAUAUCUUCUUCUGUGAACACAUCUAUGACCCUUCCAAUGAUUCUCUCAAGGAGUUGCCCUAUAAUAUCAAACCGAUGUUCUCUACAACUGAGGAUGACAAGCUUCCAAGAAAGAAAAAGGGCAAGGCUUUAGAGAGUGAAGCUGAGGAUUCUGCGACUCCCAAGCGUGAAGAGGCACCUAAAGAGAUGCGUCUGGCUACGCUAGAUAUUUUUGCUGGUUGUGGUGGCCUCUCUAAGGGACUGGAACAAGCAGGCGUAUGUGAGACAAAGUGGGCCAUCGAGUAUGAAGAGCCAGCUGGACAGGCCUUUAAGAAAAACCAUCCUGAAUCAGCAGUUUUUGUGAACAACUGCAACGUGAUUCUUAGGGCCAUGAUGGAGAAAGGUGGAGAUCAAGAUGAUUGUAUCUCUACAAAAGAGGCUGAUGAACUCGCAGCCAAACUUGAUGAGGACGAGAAGCGUAAUCUGCCACUGCCUGGUCAGGUUGAUUUCAUCAACGGAGGCCCUCCAUGCCAGGGAUUUUCUCGUAUGAACCGGUUCAACCAAAGAUUUUGGAGUAUAGUUCAGCGUGAAAUGAUAUUAGCAUUCCUCUCGUUUGCUGAUUAUUUCCGGCCAAGAUACUUUCUUCUUGAGAACGUGAGGUCCUUUGUGUCCUUCAAUAAAGGGCAAACAUUUCAACUCACGCUCGCUUCUCUCCUUGAGAUGGGUUACCAGGUGAGAUUCGGAAUCUUGGACGCAGGUGCGUAUGGAGUUUCUCAAUCAAGAAAAAGAGCUUUUAUAUGGGCAGCUGCACCAGAAGAAGUUCUUCCAGAGUGGCCUGAGCCAAUGCAUGUCUUUAGUGGUCCACAGUUGAAAAUCCCACUAUCGAAAGGUGCACACUAUGCUGCUGUUCGUAACACUAAAUCUGGUGCACCUUUCCGUCCCAUCACAGUGAGAGACACCAUUGGAGAUCUUCCACCAGUUCAAAACGGAGCAUCAGAAAUAUACAAAGCGUAUGGAGAGGACCCAACCUCGUGGUUCCAAAAAGCAAUAAGAGGAAACAUGUAUGUUCUCACGGAUCAUAUCUGCAAGGAGAUGAAUGAAAUAAACCUCACUCGAUGUAAGAAUAUCCCAAAGAGGCCAGGUGCUGAUUGGCAUGACCUCCCAGACGAAAAGGUGCCGUUAUCAAAUGGGAAGAUGGUAGAUAUGAUUCCACAAUGUCUGCUAAAGAAAUGUAAGUCUUGGAAAGGACUCUAUGGGAGAUUGGACUGGCAAGGCAACUUUCCAACUUCCAUCACUGAUCCUCAGCCUAUGGGAAUGGUCGGAAUGUGCUUCCAUCCAGACCAAGACCGAAUUAUCAGUGUCCGUGAAUGCGCUCGAUCUCAGGGCUUUCCGGAUAGCUUUGAGUUUUCAGGGAAGAUAGCACACAAGCAUAGGCAGAUUGGAAACGCAGUCCCUCCACCAUUGGCCUUUGCUCUCGGUCGUAAGCUCAAAGAAGCCUUACAUCUCAAGAAGUCACUUCAACAUCAACCCUAA